UACCCCUCUGUAUCGGAGUGAACGCGGAAACCUGAGCGUCGAUAGCGGCUUACCAGGGACGCUUCGAAGGUUUUAGUCCCUGCCUUCCUUGUUUCCAAUCUGAAGCUCUUCUCUGCCUAGGGUUAGGGUUUUGAGUCUUUGCCUCGCGCCUCACUACUACGCGUUCUUUGGUCGGUGCUCGGCUGGUGCUCUUAAGCCAUGGAGUCUACUCUAGUGAUCAAGGUCAAAUAUGGAGAUAGCCUCAGGCGUUUCAAUGCUCGUGUGGAUGAGAACAAUCAACUGGAUCUGGACAUGGCUAGAUUGAGGUCCAAGGCUUGUUCCCUUUUCAAUAUCCCCCCUGAAGCCAAUUUCGUGCUGAGAUAUGUUGACGAAGAUGGGGAUUUGGUGACGCUUGUGGAUGAUGAUGAUCUGCUUGAUGUGAUGAGGCAGAACCUAAAAUUCUUGAAAAUUAAUUUACAAAUGAGCAAUGAUAAUGCUAGUAAAUCAAAUUCAAUGGCUAGUGGAAGUUCUACUCCCUUAAGGUCCCCUCGCAUCUUGAAUCCAUUUAUGGGGAGUGGAAGUGCUGCCGUUUCUGAUGAUUUUAAAUCUGUUCCAGAGCCAGUACUUGAGUUCCUUUCUAAUUUAUCUCUAAACUUGGCUUCCAAAGCUGCAUCAUCUAGUCCAGUGAUUGGUACUCUUGUGGAUUCCAUAUCCAAAUUGGGUCAAUCCAAGAGAAAUCCAAACUCCCAGCCUGUGGGUGCAGCUGGUAUUCACUCUAAAAGUGAUGCUAGUAAAGAAUCUGACCCCCAUGCUCUAAGUUGUCCAGAGUCUCCAUUUGUGGACUCACCUUCUGAAGCCAAUCAACAGUUAAAUGAAAGUGUUACGAGAGGUGUAACAGCACCAGUUGCUUCUGUUGAUCUCAAUGUUGUCCCCUCUGAUUCGAAUCCAUCUCAAUCCACAAGUGCAGAUGCUGUACAAGUUUUCUCAGCAGCACCCGAAGGUGAUGGUAAAAAGGGUAAGAAAGCUACAGAUGAUGACAUGAAGUGUAAGGGUGGUAGUCCUGGGGCAUCCACUAGUCAGGCAGCUGCUGGCAACAUCUCAACCCAGUCUACACCAAUUGGUUUCAGUCCUUUUGUUGGAUGUCCCUUUUCUGGAUUGAAUGUUGUUGAUUCAACAGCACCCUCUUUUGAAAACCAUCGGGUCCAUCCAUUUAAAAGGAGCCAUAGUCACACUGAGGCCAUGGGUGGCAUGUUCCAUAAGGGUAUCCUCUGUGAUGGAUGUGGUGUUUAUCCUAUAACAGGACCUCGUUACAAAUCCAAAGAGAAAGAAAAUUAUGACCUUUGCAGCAUCUGCUUCACUGAAAUUGGUAAUGGAACAGAUUAUGUCAGAAUUGAUCGUCCUGUACCCUGCCGUCGCCCAGGACCCAUUAAGAUUUUGCAUGAUUAUCGACGUGUAAAAAUUUUUAUGAACUCUUUUACUAUGUUGUCAUCCUGCUUUAGUUUUAUGUAUCUGCUGAUUUUGUUCCCUUUUUCCUGCCAGCCAAUGGCACAUGUUCUUAGAAACAAAGCUCUUGUGAACCAGUGGAUGUCCAAGACCAGGAUAGACAGCCGGUUCAUUUUGGAUGUUACUGUAAUAGAUGGUACAAUAAUGGCGCCAUCUACCACAUUUACAAAGAUUUGGCGGAUGCGCAACAAUGGCACUGUGCCCUGGCCCAAAGGAUGUCAACUUGUUUGGAUUGGAGGGGACAAAUUCAGCGACUUCCAUUCAGUUAACUUGGAGAUUCCUGUGGAAGGCAUACCUGUGGACAAAGAACUUGACGUUGCUGUUGACUUUAGGGCACCAAAGUCUCCAGGUCAAUACAUUUCAUACUGGAGAAUGGCAUUCCCUGCUGGUCAAAAGUUUGGACAACGUGUUUGGGUGCUUAUUCAGGUGGAUGCUUCACUCAAGGAUUCAUUUUAUGAUGACUCUCAAGGCCUGAACUUGAAUAUACCCCUUGAAGAAAGUGGUUCUAAAGGGCCGGAGAAUAUAGAUAUCAAUGUUCGUCCUGAAGUGAAUGACGCCUUUCUUCAAUCCCAAUCCUUCAAUCCUAGCGCUUCCACAAAAUUUGAGAAGCGACAGGUUGAUGAGCAACCCAGGCAAGAGCUGGGAGAAAAUCUCUUUAUGGAUGAAACUACAACUGUGGGUCAUGGUGGCUUGCCCCCUGCAACUUCUGCGGCACCUCCCACUGUUUCUUACCCUAUCAUUGAUUUCUCAGAAACAGCUCCUGCUGUUGCCUCUAAUUCGCAAAGCCCUGAUGUUGUUCCACCGUCAUCGUCCUCUGAAAUAAUAGAUGGAGAUAAUUCCUUAGAGGAGACUCUUCUUAAGGAACUUGAGGAGAUGGGUUUCAGGCAGGUUGAUUUGAACAAGGAGAUCUUGAGGAUGAACGAGUACGAUCUGGAGCAGUCAGUGGAUGAUCUCUGCGGUGUUUCUGACUGGGACCCUCUUCUUGAUGAGUUACAGGAGAUGGGCUUCCGCGAUAAUGAAAUGAACAGGAGGCUGCUGAAGAAGAACAAUGGAAGCAUCAAACGUGUUGUUUUGGAUUUAGUUAAUGGGGAGGACGCUCAGAUGAAGCGUCUUUAAUAUUUCAAUGAUAGUGAACCCAAUGGUGUGUGGCAUCCCGUGAUUAAGUACCGAACUACUGAUGCUGAACGAGUAGGCCUAUCCUUUUUUUUUUUUUGGUCAAUAAAUGUAUAUGGUGUCCGACAUGGCCUGCAUAAAGCAUGUGUAUGUAGAGCUUUUUUUAUGCAUAUAUGUAUGUAGAAGUUAUUACGACUUCGCUGAUCUAGAGUCUGCUGGGCCAUUAUUUUGACUCUUUAUUUGCGACUUCGGGUUGUACGUGCUUUCUUCAUCGGGCCUGUCUGAGCCUUGUAUUGUAA